AUUUUUAAAAAUUAAAAAACAACUGAACAAAAAUUUAAAAAUAUAUGAAAACAAUAAAAUAUUUUUAACUUAAAUCAAUUACAAAUUAAACGUAAAUAUAUUACAUCAAUUAUAUUUUGAUGUCAUCAUCAUCUGAGUGGCAUACUAUUUAAUAACAAAAUAAUAAUAAUAAAAUCGCAAAAACGCAAGAAAACCAGAAAUUAAUCCCUCAACAUGUUGGGUUGCAUUUAUCAGUUAUGGGAUUGGUUGGAGGCGCCACCGCUAUUUAAUGCGGGCACCAUGGACGCAAAAAAAUUACAGCAAUUACAACAAGCUCAACAUUUACAAAAGAAAAUACCAUUAGCGUAUCAAACGAACAUUGCUGACUAUCGUACAACAACACAUUCACCAGUCUUCCAACAACAGCAGCAUGCCAACUAUCAUCUGGGACAUGUAGCAGCCGCCCACCAACAACAGUAUCAACAGAGUCCGACAACAACAUCAUCAUCAGGACCACUAACACCAAUCGAUAUACAACCACAUGCCAGUAAAUUACUGCUGAAACAUCAAUUACAAAGUUCGGGGAGUGGAGGUAGUUCGGCACAUAGUUCACCAUACCAUCAGGCUUCCACCUCGUCGGGUUAUCCUACAAGUAGUACUGUUGGUACUGGUGGCACAGACCAGUUGUAUCAAUCGCCAACAGAACGAACAUAUUUAGCGGCAUCUGGACGUAUUAAUUCUGCCCAUAAUCAGGCUACAAAUUUACAAUUACAAUAUCAACAGUUGCAACAGGCUAAGUUACAGGCACAAUUGGCCACACAAAAUGAGGCAGCUCAAAAUCAACAGAGACAAUUUGCUUUGCGACAAAUGAUAAAUCCUCCUGUACCACAGGGUCAUUAUCAUAUGAGUCAGUCAUCGAGUAUGAUGUCUACGUUAACACAACAACAACAGCAACAACAACAACAAACAACACAGGCACAACAGCAGCAGCAACAACAGCAACAACAAAGAGCGCCUCCCUCUUCAUUGAAUUUAACAAAUCAAUUUCAGCCAGCUGCUGGACCAUUAAAAGUUACCCAACAAAAUGCCCACAAAUCAGCUCAACAUUAUCAUCAACAACAGCAGCAACAACAACAACAAGAGCAAAUUUAUGGCCAACAUCAGCAUCAACAAUUACAAAUGCAAUUGCAUCAUCAGCAACAGUUGCAACAACAUCAUCAUGCUUUACAGCAGAGAUCUAAAUCUGACUUGCAAACACCACAGAGCAGUGACCAGAGUCCCAUUUAUAUACAACAAAAUCAUCCUGGUCAUGUUGUCAAUCAGGCAGUACAAACACAAAUCUCUACAGUGGCAAAAUCUUCAAAUAAUCCUCCACAGAUGACCAAAACUCCCAGUUCAGAAGAAUCUUCAUCGGCUUCAACUAAAAGUCCUUCACAUGCGCCAUUGGAUCGUAAAAAAUCGGGUGGUGGUUCAAUAACAAAUUCACAAGCUCUUAAAUCUCCCAUUACCAAAAGGCCACCAAAUUCUCCUGUUACCAUAGCAGGUUGGCUGUAUAAACAAGGCUCUGAUGGCCUUAAAGUGUGGCGCAAGAGAUGGUUUGUAUUGGCAGAAUAUUGUCUUUACUAUUACAAGGGUCCGGAGGAAGAAAAAGUUCUGGGUUCCAUACUACUCCCCUCUUAUAAGGUGUCUGCUUGUCUGCCCGAAGAUAAAAUCUAUCGCAAAUAUGCUUUUAAGUGUGAACAUCAAAAUAUGAGAACUUAUUGGCUGGCGGCUGAAAAUGCCGAAUCUAUGGUACAAUGGGUGAGAGCUUUAAGUGCGGCCACCAUGAUGCAAGCUCCCAGCAGUGCUGGUGAAUCAUCGGAACAUCCUAGUGGUUCUUCUUCUUUAAAUCAUAGCGGUGAAAAUUCUGACUCUGGUAUUCAUACACUUCAAUCACAGCAAAGCAAAAUGUCCGGUCAAGGACAAGUAACGCCAGCCUCAGAUAAUGGUGGAGUAACAACAUCCAGUAGCAGUGGUGCGGGUGGUAGUGGCCAACCGUUGUAUGCCAAUGCUCCUCCCAAACCCAGACGUAUAACAGAUGGUGGCUAUUCUUCACCUAGUCCUGAACAUUCUAUAGAUAAUGAAGCCAUGAGACAACAUCAAAUGCACCAACAACAGCAUCAGCAGCAGCAAUCUAGUCGUAGAUCAGGUAUAAUGUCUCCCACUUUGCAGCAAAUGCAACAGUAUCAACAACAGCAGCAACAAUCGAGAUCACAACAUCAUGCCAUAUAUGACACCCGUACGGGUAAUGUGUCCUCAGCUAUGAGAAUACCACCACAACAACAGCAAGCCAACUAUCCCAUAGAUACGCUAGAAGCCCAGUAUCAACAACAACUAACACUCAGUAGUCCUGACGAUUAUCCCCAAUCACCUACAGCCCAAUAUAUGGACUCUCAAAUGGAACAGCAAAUAAUGCAAUUGCAACAGCAACGUGUUGCCGUUGAUGACAUCUAUGGCGAACGUGAAUUGUAUAUGCAACGUCUCAUACAACAACGUUAUCCACCCCAUAUGUCGGCCUAUGUCUCGGCAGCCGAACGUCGAACACCCGAUGCCUAUGGCCGUUCGAAAAAUCGUAUGUUUUCGGAUUAUGAAGAUAUUUACAAUUUGACUGCAGGCGCAGGAAAUCCAUCAGCUCAGGAAGCUUUAAUGCAAGAGGCAGCCAGUUAUCGUCGGCCCUUAUCGCCACCUAGCUAUGAGGGCAAUAAACAUGUACCUUCUGCGAUGUCGUCGCGUUAUACACCUAAUAAUUUGGAGUCAUCACCUGGACACAGUGCUGCUGGCAGCAAUAUAAGAGCCAGACCCGCAGCUGCCAUAGUACGUCCACAUUCGGCCGACUUUUUAGAGUAUGAAGCCAGAGCUGAAGCGGCUGCAGAUGCUGCCGCCAUAGCUGCCACAGCCUCAAUGAUUAAGCCAGAUCCAGUGCGAGCACCACGACCCAAAUCCAGUCUAGACAUUAAUCGUACACCAGAUAGCUUUUAUUAUUCUGAGGAAAAUUAUGCUGAAAAAAUGCGCAAGAGCGCAUUGUAUUUACAAAAUCCCCAGGCUCAACCGCAGCAAGCGGGUACAUAUCGUACCACAAGUGGAUCUACGGACUUCCUUAGUCCUGUAGCGAGUGGUAUGAAUACAAUCGGUUAUGAGAAUCCUUAUGAAAGGACCUAUAAACGUAAUGAAUUGUUACAAGAUGCUUUAGGUAAUCAAGCAGGACAUACUAGCAUACCACGUAUGAGUCGUUCACAAACAAUGGGUAAUGGUUCACAAAUUCGUUCAUCCUCCACUCAUCCUCAUCAUUCACUAUCACCACCAUCUCAGCAACAACAACAACUACAACCAGAGCAAUUACAAUUAGGCCAAUCGCCGGCAUACCAACAAAAACAAACGUCACAAUCGUCAUUACUUUCAUCCGGUCUCACAACUCAACAAAUUAUUCAACAAAAUGAACAGUUCCUACGUUCAGCUAGUGCUCGUUUACCUAAACGUUCAUCGACAUUUGACGAUGAACCCUCAUCAACAGCUACUACUCCUACCACUUCUACUACAGUAACUUCUCCACCCACAGGCACAACCUCACCUCCAGCUGUGGCCGGAGGAGCAGGUGGUUUAACACAAACAACACCCACCUCUCACCUAGAUGGCGAGCGCAAACGCGAAGAGUCUAUGAAACGUUUAUUGGAAUGGAAACAGCGUAUGUUACAAUCACCUCUUACACGUAAAAGCGGUCAACAUUCUACAUCGUCUGCCUCACAAAGUGGCCAACCAAUUGCAGGCACUAGUAAUAUAUCAGCCAUGUCUAAAUUGGGCAGUAAUCCCAAUAUUCUAUUGGCCUCUACAGCUGUGGCCAGUGGAGCCCACUAUCCUAAUACUGUAACAACCACAAAAGGAGGCAUCUCAUCCGCAACUAGUUCGACUGGUGGCAUACAACGUAGUCGUUCUGAGACACAUGCCAAUACAGGACCAACUGCUGGUUACAAUUCCUAUUCCUCGGACGAUGAAGCUGGAACGAUUAUGAAAGCGCCGGCAGGAAGGUCUUCUCUACGUGCCAAAACUUCAGAAUAUGGCAACAACACUAGUACUAAAUUUAUUACCAACACAACCUCUUCUAGCAUAACGAACUCCACCAUCACUAAAAUCAGCACAAAUACCACCCAAAAACCAAAACAUAUUUUGACCACUUCUAACCUAAAGUCGGAAGAUGGUCAUGCUUUUGAAAAAUACAAUGCAACAAACAAGUUAUACAAUGACAGUACAAUAAUAACAAGACCAAAGAAAACAAUUGCAAUCAAUGAUACACAACAACAAGCACAAGAUAUUGCAGACUAUGCAAUGACUUCUUUUUCGACUGGCUCAACUGACUCGACCUUUACUGCAACCGUAUCCCAAACAAAUGCAACAACACCACAAGUGCCUAGAAUAUUAAAACCUAUUUUAAAAACUAAAAUAAUUAAUGUUAAACCAGUUCCAAGCGAAACUUCCCCAUCUGGUAUCUUUUUCCCAUCUGAAUUAGAAGAUAGUUUAGAUAGCUCAAGUCCCUUAACCAAAAUAACUCUGCCUAAAAUACCCAAUGCCAUAGCAAUUGCUUUAGAUGAGAAGACCAAUAAUGAGCCUACUUCGCCACAAAUUUCUUCGUAUGUACCAGUUUAUAAUACCAAAACCGUAGUGCCGACAAAAUUACGAACCAUUUCUAAUAAUUAUGAAAAUAUUGAAAUACCAGGGUUUGACUUCAAUAAACAAAAUCAGCCAAAUGUUGGUGAAUCAUUUAUAAGAGAUGGAAAAUCUACUAAAGAUGUCGAAAUUUUCGCAAGUGAUACUGAAACCCAAUUGAAAUGUGAUGCCAUCGAAAUUAAAAAUAGUGAAAAUCUUAAAACUGCUGAAGAUUUGGAGAGUAUUAAGAACGAAACAGAAGCUAUACAAGAUGAGGAGGCUACACCAAUGCUAAUGAGUCUAAAACGUUUUAAAGAAAAGGAAGAAAAACGUCUAAAACUACAGCUGACCUUAGAAGAGACACAAACCACCGAAGAUGAUGUUAUUACGCCCACCCAAGAAAUCAUUGAUUCCCAAAAAGAGGACCACACUCAGCAUGUACUAGAAGAAGAGGAAGAUGAUGAAGACACAACUUGUGAAUAUACCGACGAUGACUUAGAUGAAGCUUUAGCCGAGGAGGCUGAUGUAGAGGAAGAUACUACUAUGGAUACCACACAAAUUGAUCAGGAUUUAGCUGAUGACAAGGAACUUUCCAAGAUAUACGAAAAUGAACCAAUGACUCCGCAAGAACAUCAACACAAUUUAGAUGAGUCACAUUAUUUGCCUAUGACACCCAAAAAAAUUGAAUCAGAUCAGUCAAACAAUGCUGGUGGAACUUUAACUUUGGUAUCUCUACUAGAUUCUACUAAUGAGGAAGAAGAAAACCAUUAUGUGGAAAUGACAAAACAAUUGCAAGAUGAAGAUUCCAAAAAUAAUUAUGAAAUAAUGUGCCUCAAUAAUUCAUCUAAUUCGCCCUCCAAUGAGACCGGCUGUAAACCGAAGGAAUUAAAAAUUAUGAAUGAACCAUUAUACAUGGAAUUGCAAGGUGGCAAACCAGCUCAAAAAUCACCUGAAACCAAAGAAGACACACUGUUACCAUUGGGUAAAACAUCAACAUUAAAGAAAUCGAAAAAAUCAUCCGACACUUUGAAAAAAAAGUCGAAAAAAUCCCAGCAAGAUCGCAAUCAACAUAAACGUAAAGAUUUACCGGAUAUUUUAAAACCGCCACAAAAUUCCAUGGUCCUUAAUUCGGAUAGUUCAGAUGCUGAUGAUGAAUCCUCUAAACAUAUGGAUUCGAAAAAAAUGAGAUCUCGCACUAGAUUCAGUUUAUCAGAUACUUUCAGACCAGCCUCUUACUACCUGGGAGCUUCAACGCCUCUUAAUAACUGUAUAGAAAGUUCGGAUAGUGAAAUAGUAUCACCUCCACCUAUACCCAACUCACCACCACCCAUGGAAGAAUUAAAAACCGAGGAAAUAUUUUCGGCUGAAAACUAUGACACUGUCAAGCGUAGGGACAGUUCUUCGGGUAGUAAAUUUAAUAUUUCCUAUGAACAAUUGCCGAAAAUGCACGCCAGUAAUUCAUCUCUUAAUUUUGCUAAAAAUGAGGCUGCUCUAAAAUCUAGCCGUCUUUCACUUCCCGAUCAAUUCAGCAAAGCUAAAAACCUUAAAACGCCACCACAUUUGCUAAUGUUAAAACAACAUGAAAGAACCUUAUCCGAUUCUAAUUAUAGCUUCCAAACAGAUAACAGUUCAAAUAAUUCAUCCGAUUUUGAUCUCUAUAAUAAGUUGAAACAAAAUUCUCCCUCCUACAUUGCCACACCUAUACGUUACCAAUCGAAUUCUUCGCUGAGCUUAAGCCAACAAAAGACUUCCCUACCAGGUACUGGUAAUAAUAGUGAAACAGAUACUGUAGAGCUUCGCCAUAGACAGGGAUCUGAUUCUGAGUUGGAAAGACAGAGAUCACGAAGACCACUUUCAGAGGAAUCUAUAAGUGAAAUUGAAUCUUUAAGUGAAAAAUUUGAAGAUGCUUUAGAAACGGCCGAUUUGGAUACUUAUCUUAAUGACUUACAAAAUAGUGAUUUGUAUCUCUAUCAGAAUACAAAAUUUGAAACGUCUGCCACAGCCAUUUUAACAGAUGCGGCUGCUGCACAAGGAGCCGGUAUUCUGACAAAUCUUAUAAAGCCUCCUAAGAUAUUUCGUAAUAAAGAUGAUGAACAUUUCUAUGGUAAUAUACACUUUGUAUCUUCCACUGAUUCUUUGCAAAAACUAGAAGGGCCCAAUGAUCAGUUCGAUGUGAUGGGAGCCACCAGUGUUACUCCCACCAGAUACAUGACACCUUUACAUAGUCGUAAUAACAGCAAUAUAUCAGAACAAUCAGUUCCAUAUUACUACUCGGAAUUGAGCAGCAGUAGAGAACUUUUGUCUACUCCUACCACUUUGAAUAAUCAAAGAGAUAUACAUGCCCAAGGUUCCAAUAUAGAUCAUAUUCAUAACCCCAUAGAAAGAGCACAUAAUAUCAACAUGGAAAUUCUGGCCGAUAAAGACCAAGCUAUAGAUAGUAAAAAUUUAUACAAAAUGAAGACUAAUGUUGAAAAAUUAAGUUAUAGUUCGGGUAAGAACUUAAAAACUGGUGAAACAUUUCAUCAUAAUACCUCCAAUCCAUCUACAUCAUUUGGCGCCCAAACAUUUCAUAUACAGCAAAUACAAAAUCCAGCUUUUAAAAUAAAUAACUAUAAGAUUAAUUUAAGACAUCAACAAACAUUAAAUACAAUAUAUGGGACUAAUCCCAACUCACAGUCCAUAACACAAUCAGCCAUAACGACCUCACCAGCCUUAUUGACCACCACUUCUGUAACAUCAGCAACAUCAUCCCCAUCUUCAACUACUACCACUACACACACUAGUAACAUGGUUUGUGGCAAUAUUGAGACAAAUGCUAAAAAUAUCAAUUUACAAAUGGGUAACAAUGCUUUGGUGGCACAAAAUACUUUAGCUGCAGCAAAUAAUUCCAAAUCGAAUGAGAUGCAAAAACCUUCAAAUAAUUUGGAUAAAUCUACAGUUCUAGGUGGUCCGGUAAGUGGCGAAUUACUUUGGGAAGAAGAUACUCUUUGGCGAGAAAGUCUGCGUAGAGUAUCACAGAGACAUGCACGCUCUUUGGAUGAUCUAGAUCGUAUUACCGUCAUUCCAGCACGAAUAACAACUCUUAAUCGUACUCAUUUAUCUGCUGCAGAGGGAAAUAGAAAACCACGUCUAUCACGCGAUGUAACUUAUGUUAAUGACAAUGUUUCGCAACACUUGAGAUCAAGUUUUAAAUUACGCCAUUCGAAUCCAAAUUCCCAGAACACCUACGAUGAGGUAUGUGAUGAUCAAUCGUUAAAUGAAGAUUCUCAAAUCUUAACUAAUGAUCAUGAUGUUUAUGUACAGCUUAACGAAAAUAUUCUCUCACCAGACGAUCUUAAUUCUGAUCUUUAUGAAGUAUUGCGCGAAGAAACCUCUUCCAAUAUAUCCUCAACUAAAUCCACAGAAAUUGAUCGAGAAACAAUACGACAAUGGGAUUCAAUGUCAAGUGGUUUGAUGAAAAACUCUCUUACAACCACAAAUUUAGAUCAAAGUCCAACCACCAGCAGUAAUGUUAAGUCUAUAAUCGAUCAAUUAAAUUCAAAUUGUGAUAACAAUGGCAAUCCAAACAUUAUGAGUGAUAAUAAAUGAGAACAGUAAUGUUUGUAGCAUUAAAACUCUGUGAUAAAACACUUUGAGUACAAUCUUAUAACUUAAAAAAAAAAAAAAAAACAACGAAAAACUUCCAUACAAAAAAAGCUUUAAUCAAUUUCUUUCGAAAUAAAAUUAGUGGUACAUUUUAAAUUUUAUAGCUCUAAAAAAGAGGUCUUAGUGAAGAACGAUCUUUCUUUUCAUUUCGUUUAAGUAAUUUUAUUGGUUUUUUAUAAUUAUUUUUUUGGAUAAUUUUAAAUUGAUAGGUAGAUAUUUAGUUAUUCCAAACAUUAUAAAUAUAAUAAUAAUUAAAAAGUGUAAAACUGUUAACAAGUUUUACAAUUCCAUUAGUUUAACUUUCGUUUCAAGUAGAAAAACUUUAUAAUUAAGGACAUUCCAAAUAAUGAUCUACUAUUUUCUUCCUGUCUAGUUAUUUUUUAUCAUAACGAUAUAUUAAGAGUUUUAAUACAAAAAUUAUUUUAACAGGCGAAAUAUCUACAAGGCCAUUAUACAUUUAAAUAAAAUGUAUUAAAUAAAUUAAUGUUAGGAAUUAUGGGUCAUUCAUAGAAGGUAGUUGCAGAGAGUUGAAAAUAGAAAAUAAAGCAUAUUUUAGGGCUAUUGGUUUUAAAACAUAUCUUAGUAACUUUAGUAAUUGAGUAUUCGGCCAUUCCGAAUAUAGAAAUAUUAAUUAUUUUAGUUUAUUUUUAAUUGUGUUUAAUAUUUGUAUAUUUUCUUUAACAAAAUUUGUUUAUAAAUUAUUUGUACACUUUUAACACUUGAAAAACAAUCACCCAAUGCAAAUUAAUUUGUUAAACAAAUCUUUAUCAUUCAUUCCAUUAUAAUCCUUAGUUUAUACAUAUGUAUGUAUGUAAACUAUUACUAUCAAUACUCUACUGCAAUUUAUAGUACUGUUACAAAUUAUUCUCUCACACAAUUAUACAUUUAUCCUUGUUAGAAUUUUACCACUUAUUCAUUCAUUCACUCACUUACUCACUUAUACAUUCAUUCAUUCAGUCAGUCAGCCAGUCAUUCUUUCAGUCAUUCACUUACUGCAUUAUUAUUGUUGCUGUUGUUGUUAUUGUUGAAGUUGCUGUCAUUUUGUGGCAACAAUUUGCAAUUGUAAAUGAAUUUAAUUUUUUUAUAUAUAUAUAUAUUUUGUAAACAUAUUGUUGUUGUCAUUGUUAUUUUUUUGUUUGUUUGUAAUAUUGUUGUUGUUGUUGUUGAAUUUUUGUUGGUUUUUUCAAUUGUUC